AUGGCUCCCGAACGUGUUUGCCUUGCCUACUCUGGCGGCCUGGAUACUUCCACUAUUCUCAAGUGGCUCGUCCUUCAAGGCUAUGAGGUCGUGUGUUUCCUCGGCGAUUGCGGCCAGGAGGAAGACUUCGAUGCCGUCAAGGCCAAGGCGCUGAAGCUCGGCGCUGAGAAGAUGAUCAUCGAGAACGUCCAGCAGGAGCUGAUUGACGACUUGGUGUGGCCCGCCAUCCAGUGCAACGCUAUCUAUGAAGGACAAUACCUUCUCGGCACAAGCCUAGCCCGGCCGGUAUUGGCCAGGGCAAUGGUGCAAGUUGCGAAGGAUAACAACUGCACGAUCCUCAGCCAUGGAUGCACCGGUAAGGGCAACGACCAAGUCCGCUUCGAGCUGGCGUGGAAGGCAUGUGACCCCAAGAUGAAGAUUCUGGCCCCCUGGCGCAUCCCUGCGUUCUUCAACCGAUUCCAGGGACGUGCCGAUCUUCUCAAGUUCGCCAAGGAGCAGAACAUCCCCGUUAGCUCUACUCCCAAGGCCCCCUGGUCUAUGGACGACAACAUCAUCCACUGCUCAUACGAGGCUGGUAUUCUUGAGCAAACAGACAUGGAGCCCCCGAAGGAUAUGUGGAAGCGCACAGUUGAUCCCCUAGACGCUCCUGACAAGCCUACUCGCUUCACCGUCCACUUUGACAAGGGUGUUCCUGUUAAGCUUGAAGUUGGGAGCAAGGCCGUUACUGGCUCCUUAGAGAUCUUCAAGGAGGCUAACGAGUUGGGCCGUGCUAACGGUAUUGGACGCGAGGAUAUCGUCGAGUCGAGGUUCAUCGGAUUAAAAUCUCGUGGUUGCUACGAUACCCCCGGCCUGACUAUUUUGCGCAAGCUGCAUCAAAACCUGGAGGGUCUCGUGAUGGAUAGCAAGGUGCGCAUCAUUCGCGACCGUCUCUCGGAUGACUGGGCGCAAUGUAUAUACAACGGAAUGUACUUUACGCCUGAGCGCGAGUUCGUUCAGCAGGCGAUCUCUAUCAGCCAGAAGCAGGUUGAUGGCAAGGUCGAAGCUCUGGCAUACAAGGGCAACGUUAUCAUCGUUGGCCGCUCCAGCGAGACAUCCAAUCUCUACAGCGAAGAAGAGAGCAGCAUGGACACUCUUGAAAUGGAUUGGAGUGUCGAAGACACAACUGGGUUUAUAAACGUGAAUGCUAUCCGCAUCGCCAAGUAUGGUGAGCGCAAGAUCAGGGAUGGCGAGCCCCUUUCCGAGCGUAAGUAG